AUGGAGGGUUUCAGAAGGCUACUGAUUGUCGCGGUGGCUGUUGUAUUGGCGGCGGCGACGGCGGCGGAAGGGAGGCUGGUUUACGUCGGAGGUGGGAAGACGACGUGGGCGGCCAACGUUAACUUCACCGAGUGGUCGUCUCACCAACACUUCUACGUCGGCGACUGGAUUUAUUUUGGGUUCGACAAGCACACCUACAACGUGCUGGAAGUGAACAAGACGAGCUACGAGACGUGCAACGACGUCGGAUUCAUAAAGAACAUCACGAGAGGCGGCCGCGACGUCUACCAGCUGACGGAGGCCAAGACUUACUACUUCCUCUCUGGCAGAGGCUUCUGCUACGGCGGGUUGAAGGUCGCCAUCCCCGUCGAAAACAUCCCUCCGGCUGCUUCCCCGGCUCCUUCUCCGGCGAACAAGAACUCCGCUGCAUCGACGCCGUCGCCGCUCUCCGCCGCCCGUUUCAUCGGUCUCGGUCUUCUUACGGCGUCCGCCCUCUCGACGGCAAUGUUCUAG